AUGGGCACGAUUGUUUACCGGAAGAUGACCCUGGAAGAGGCGAAAUGGAAGUUUCCCGAGCUAAGAAAGGUGGUGCGGAUGGGGGGGGAGUGUAGCCCGGUGGAGGUGCCUGUGACCUACGGCGAGGUGCCUGGUGCUUCUGAUGCCGAUGUGCGGGAGCGGGAUGAGGGAGCUGAGCGGGCUACCGUGGACAGGCCGACACCGGAGGAGUGGAAUGUUGACGUUCAAUGGGAAGACGUGGAAGAGCUAUGGAGUUAUGAUGUGCACCCGACGCUAGGUUACCACUGUGAGAGGGAUAAGGCGGAAUUGCCAUCGGAUCAAGUGGAUGAUGUGGCAGACGCAGUGAACAAAGAUGCGGAGGAGUGGAGCGACGAUAGUGAUGAGUGGUGGCUAGCAGGCCACUAUGACGGGGAGGAAGUGGAGGGAUAUGAGAGGAGCAGGGAGGUUGUACAUGGGGAGGGAGAGGAUGGGUGGGGAAGCAGGGUAGGGGAUGGGGGAAAGCAGGGAAGGGGAUGGAGGGAAGCAGGGAGGGGGAUGGAGGGAAGCAGGGUAGGGGAUGGGGGAAAAAGGGGGAGGGGACGAGGGGAAGCAGGAAGGAGGGAGGGGGGAAGCAGGAAGGAGGGAGGGGGGAAGCAGGGAGGAGGGAGGGGGGAAGCAUGGAGGAGGGAGGGGGGAAGCAUGGAGGAGGGAGGGGGGAAGCAUGGAGGAGGGAGGGGGGAGUGGCAGUACCCGCUCUCACCCUCUGUCCUUCCCCCUCUGUGCCCCUCCCCCUCUUAUCCUCCCCCUCCGUCAAUCCCCUUCUGUCUCCCCCCCUCUGCCCUUCACCAUCUGUCACUCCACCUGUGUCCUUCCCCCUCUGUCUCUCCCCCUUUGCCCUUCCCCCUAUGUCUCUCCCCCCCUGUCCCCCCCCCUGUACCUCCCCCCUCUGUCUCUCCCCAUCUGUCCUCCACCCUCUCCCCCUUGAACUUCCACUUCUGUCCUUCCCCUUCUUUCCUCCCCUCUGUCCCUCCCCCUCUGUCCCUCCCCCUCUGUCCCUCCCCCUCUGUCCCUCCCCCUCUGUCCCUCCCCCUCUGUCCCUCCCCCUCGUUCCCUCCCCUCUGUCCCUCCCCCUCUGUCCCUGCCCCUCUGUCCCUCCCCCACUAUCCCUCCCCUCUCGUCCCUGCACUUUCGUCCCUACCCCUCCUUCACUCCCCCUCUUUCCCUUCCUCUAUGUCCCUCCCACUUUGUCUCUCGCCCUCUGACAAGUGGGGGGGAUGCUGGUGGUGUGCGGGGGGGAAAGGAGGCGGACCAGUGGGGGGAAUGCGCGUGGUGUGA